AGUAACUUUGCCGUGUGAUCUAUGCCUAUGGCUAUCUCUGUUCGUAGAGCAAGUGUUACUUUUUAUCUUUUUUUCUUAUAAUAUACCAUGUAUCAGAUCCUCUAUAUGUGCACGUUUACGCAGUUUUUAUAUGUGAUUGUUGGAAUUCGUGAGGUUUGGGUUCGGAAGGUUCUUUAUUUGAAUUGCCCAUUAGCUGUUUGAUAAAAUGUCUGUUCCAAGUGAGGUACUAUAAGUUAAGCAGAGCUGUGUUCUUUCAGCUCCAAUACUUCUUUGAAUCGCAAACUGUUUCUGCUGAUGUUGAUUUGGCUUUUCUCUGGGUUUUGAAUUGAUGUAACUAGAAACAACAAUAGCACAUGUGUGUAGCGUAAGUCAGUUACAUAGGCAUGGAUGGUGCAUUUCUCUCUUGUUGCUUUUGUAAUGUCUCAGAAACCUGUGUUUCUAUUGGGUUUGUGAAAUCAUGGAAGACUGCAAUAAAAAGAAACCAUGGGGAUAAAGUUAGGUUAAGUUUGAUGGAUUCAUCAAGAACCAGGAUUUACCUUAGAAAACCAACCAAGAAAUUCAAUGAUCCUCCUUCAACAGUUCUCGGAGUUAAUGAAUCAUUUAAUAAGGGAAUAAGACCUGUUGAUGACCGUGAGGAUUCAAUAUCUACUGAAAUGGAUGACAAAUUUGAUGUUUUGGAUGGCGGCUUGGAAGCCUACGACGAUGAAGCGGACGAACAAAGAGAAGAAAAAGAAGUAGAAGACAAUCCUGAGUGGGAUCCAGAGGAGAUUGAAACAAUUUCCUCUCUGUUUAGGGGGAGGAUUCCUCAAAAACCCGGAAAAUUGGUUAGGGAAAGGCCUCUUCCUCUCCCACUUCCAUAUAAGCAUCGACCUGUAGGACUUCCCUCUUCAAAGAAAUGGAAAAGAACUGCAAAUUCUUCACGAAAAUCUUUAUCUAGUAAAGUGUACAAGGACCCAACAUUCUUGGUCGGUCUAGCCAAAGAAAUCAGAAAUCUUCCUCCUGAAGAAGAUGUUUCCGUAGUUCUGGACAAGUGCAGUCGAUUUAUUCGGAAAGGUUCGUUGUCAUUAACAAUAAGGGAGUUAGGACACAUGGGUCUUCCUGAGCGAGCUUUGCAGAUAUUCUGUUGGGUGCAGAAACAACCUCAUUUGUACCCAGAUGACAGGCUUCUUGCUUCAACUGUUGAAGUCCUGGCGAGGAACCAUGAACUGAAAUUGUCUUUCAAGCUUGAAAAAUUCCUGAGUCUGGCAAGCCAGGAAGUAUAUGAGGCUGCUGUGAGAGGUUUCAUACGGAGUGGCAGCUUAAAACUUGCAUACAAGCUUGUUUCCGCUGCCAAGAAUGGGAAAAUGAUGCUUGACAGUGGGGUUUAUGCAAAGCUCAUUUUAGAGCUGGGAAAAAUCCCAGAUAAUCACGUGCUUGUAUUGGCCUUACUCGAAGAGCUUGGACAAAGGGAAGAUUUAAAUCUAACACAGCAAGACUGCACAGCGAUAAUGAAAGUUUGCAUCAAGCUUCGGAGAUUUGAGAUUGUAGAGAGUCUAUAUAAUUGGUUUAAAGUCUCUGGCCGGGAACCAAGUGUGGUCAUGUACACCACUUUAAUACACAGUCGAUAUUCUAAUAAUAAUUAUAAAGAGGCACUGGCUUUGGUUUGGGAAAUGGAAGCCUCAAAUUGUCUUUUUGAUCUUCCAGCAUACCGUGUGGUAAUCAAACUUUUUGUUGCUCUCAAUGACCUCUCCAGGGCUGUAAGAUAUUUUUCAAAACUGAAGGAGGCUGGUUUUUCUCCAGCAUUUGACAUUUACAUGGAUCUUAUCAAAAUUUACGCUCUUCAUGGGAGGGUGGCCAAGUAUAAGGAGGUGUGCAAGGAGGCAGAGGUUGCUGGAUUCAAGCUGGAGGAACGAACAAGGUCCCUGUUGAUGCAAUUGGACGAAUAAACAUGUGCUGACUUUGUUGAUAAAAUCAUUAGUAUGAUCAUCUCAACCUUUGGUUUUCUAAAUGCAAUCGAGUCAUUUGAUGAGCUGGUAGUAAUCUUGUGCUGAAACUUGUCUACUCUCAGUUGGGUCCUGUAAGAAUUCCACCGACCAUCAUCAAUGUCAAUGAACUUGUUAUGUUAUCACAAGUUCAAUAGACCAUUUAUUGCAAAUUUCCUGAAUUCAUUUGCUUUUACGUU